UUCAUCGAAGCAUUCAGCAGUGCUUACUUCUGGCUGAGAAAUUCGGAUUUUCUUCAAUUGCUUUUCCUGCCAUAGGAACAGGUAAAGCUAACUUGGAUCCAGCGACUUGUGCCAAAGAAACACUGAGUGGUAUAUUUCAGACCCUCCAGGAAAAUAAUAUUGAAAGUUUGAAGAUGAUUUGUGUUACGGUUUACGACCAGGGGCAAAUUCCGAUUUUUAUAGACGAAGCAAGAGCUCAGAGUACAGUUACAAGAGGAACAAGAAAAGGUCGUCGCCAAUCCAUGCGCCAACGCCAAAGCCUUACAGCUUUACAAAGAGUGGUACUUGAUGUAUAUGGAGCCAGCGAUAAAGUUGCCGAAACAGACGAGGACAUUGCAGCUUUUAUUAAACAGAACAUCCAAAAGGAAAUCAUUGAGUUGAAGGGACAUACACUAACACAAGCUGACAUAGCAGAAAUACGAGACCUUGAGGUCGAACGAGGAGUAACAGCCACCAUAGAUACAAAUACGUCAACAAUAUCGAUUGUGGGAUGUCCUGUGGAUGUUUCUCCGACUGUCAGCACUAUCUACAAAAUAAUCCAUAGGAAGAUAGAAGACAGAGCAGAGGAGGAAAAAGCUGCAGCACUCCAGCAGAAAAUUCAGUGGUGUUGGAUAGCUGCUAAAGAUCAGAGUAGGGAGCCUUUUGAUAAAAUGACAAACUAUCGCGUGGAAUUGGCUCACAGAGCAAGGGAAGGGGCAGUGGUGUACGAGAUAGAAGGCAGUCCUUGUAAGUUGGAUUUUAGCACUAUGACAGAGACGGAUUGCAGUAAAGGCAUUGUUACCCAGGUUAUACGAGAAGUCAAAGAUCCUUCCUUACCUUCUCAUUGGUCACCUCAACCACGUGACAGUGAUAUCCCGCAUGCUGUGCAUCAAGUUAAUAUAAAAGCUGGGGACCAGGAGUUCAACAAAGUGACCGAGCAGUUCAACGCCGCCUUUGACUCUGACGGUGUGCGAAGAAAGAAAAUCGUUCAACUGCUGAGAAUCCAGAACCCACAUUUAUAUAAGCAGUAUAAGACGUACAGUGCUAAACUGGAGCGUGAGAACCAAGGGGUGAACAAUGAGAUGUCACUUUUUCAUGGAACGUCAGAAGCUAAUUGCGAUUACAUAAGCCACCAAGGGUUUAACAGAAGCUUUGGUGGAUUAAACGUUGGCGCCAUCUUUGGAAAAGGGGUAUACUUUGCCAAAAAAGCCACCUAUUCUGCCCAGCCCUCGUACUGCAAGCCUAAUGCAGCCGGGGAGCAGUUUAUGUUCCUGGCCAAGGUACUUGUUGGAUCCUACACAAAGGGACACCGCAAGAUGCUGACUCCUCCCCCUAAAGAUCCUGAUAAACCACUGGAGACAUACAACUCUGUGGUAGACAAUACAAAAACACCGACCAUUUUUGUGAUAUUUUAUGACGCGCAAGCCUAUCCCGAAUAUCUAAUUAAGUUCAAGGCAUAG